UCGGGCGGAGGAGGAGGAGGAGGAGGAGGAUGCUGCGGCAGGUGAUCCACAGAGGGCUCCGGUCGUUCUGCCAUCAGCUGGGCUUGUUCGUCAGCCGGCACCCUGUCUUCUUCCUCACCGUGCCCGCAGUCCUGACCAUCAUCUUCGGCUUCAGUGUCCUCAACCGCUUCCAGCCUGAAAUGGACCUGGAGCUCCUAGUGGCCCCGAGUCACAGCUUGGCCAAGAUCGAGAGGAGCUUGGCCAACAGCCUUUUCCCCCUCGACCGCUCCAAAAGCCAUCUCUAUUCGGACUUGCACACUCCGGGGAGGUAUGGCCGGGUGAUCCUCCUCGCCAAGCCCGGGGGCAAUAUUUUGCACCAGGCUGAAGGGCUGCUGCAGAUCCACCGAGCCGUGCUGGAAAUGAAGGUGAACCACAAAGGCUAUAAUUAUACUUUUUCCCAUCUGUGUGUGUUGACAAAUCAGGAUAAGAAAUGCGUGCUGGAUGAUAUAAUUUCAGUUCUAGAGGAUCUGAGGCAGGCUGCCCUCUCCAAUAAGACAACUGCCAGGGUGCAAGUGAGCUAUCCCAACACUAAAUUAAAGGAUGGGAGAAGCAGCUUUAUUGGCCAUCAGCUUGGCGGAGUCAUGGAGCUGCCAAACAGCAAGGACCCAAGGGUCAAGUCAGCCAGAGCUGUCCAAAUCACUUACUACCUCCAGACUUACCCUUCUGCAGCCCAGGACCUCAUCAGUGAGAAGUGGGAGAAUGAAUUCUGCAAACUGAUACGCGAGCUGCAGCUCCAUCACAAGGAUCUACAGCUGCAUUCUCUGGCCUCCUUUAGUUUGUGGAGGGACUUUCACAAGACCAGCAUCCUAGCCAGGGGCAAGAUCUUAGUGAGCCUCAUGCUUAUCCUGUUGGUGGCCAUCCUCUCCAGCUCCAUGAAAGAUUGCCUGCGCAGCAAGCCAUUUCUUGGGCUCUUGGGAGUGCUCACAAUCUGUAUCUCCAGUAUUACUGCUGCAGGGAUAUUUUUCAUUACUGAUGGAAAAUAUAAUUCAACUCUGUUGGGAAUCCCUUUCUUCGCAAUGGGUCAUGGAACCAAAGGUGUAUUUGAGCUUCUGUCGGGAUGGCGUCGAACCAGAGAAAAUUUGCCAUUUAAAGACAGGGUUGCAGAUGCCUAUUCAGAUGUAAUGGUUUCCUAUACCAUGACAAGCUCCUUGUACUUCAUAGCCUUUGGCAUGGGUGCCAGCCCUUUCACCAACAUGGAGGCUGUGAAAGUCUUCUGCCAGAACAUGUGCAUCUCCAUCCUGUUGAAUUACUUCUAUAUCUUCUCUUUCUUUGGCUCCUGCCUGGUGUUUGCUGGGCAGCUGGAGCAGAAUCGUUACCACAGUAUCUUCUGUUGUAAAAUCCCCUCUGCAGAGUAUCUGGAAAGGAAACCCGUUUGGUUCCAAACCAUGAUGAGUGAUGGGCACCAGCAGUCUUCUCAUCAUGAGACUGACCCAUACCAGAACCACUUUAUCCAGCAUUUUGUAAGGGAGCAUUACAAUGAAUGGAUUACUAAUAUCUAUGUUAAGCCAUUUGUGGUGAUACUGUAUCUCAUUUAUGCUUCUUUCUCCUUUAUGGGCUGUCUGCAAAUCAGUGAUGGUGUCAAUAUUAUCAAUUUGCUUUCUAGUGAUUCUCCGAGUGUGUCCUAUGCUGUUAUUCAACAGAAGUACUUCAGCAAUUAUAGCCCAGUGAUAGGAUUUUAUAUCUAUGAACCUCUUGAGUACUGGAAUGGCACUGUCCAAGAUGACCUAAAGAAACUGACUGAAGGCUUCAACACACUGUCCUGGCUUCAACAAUAUUACCAGUAUCUGAGAGUUGGGAAUAUUAGUGCAACCAAUAAAAGUGACUUCCUUAGCAUCCUCCAAAACUCCUUUUUAAGAAAGUCUGAGUUUCAGCACUUUAAAAACGAUAUCAUUUUCUCCAAGUCUGGGAAUGGGAAUAACAUUAUUGCUUCCCGCAUGUAUCUUGUAGCUAGGACUAGUGAAAAAACACAAAGCGAAGUUAUAGAAUUAUUGGACAAACUCAGACCAUUGUCCCUGAAACAGAGCAUCAAGUUCAUUGUCUUUAAUCCUACUUUUGUCUUUAUGGACCAGUAUAGCCUGUCAAUAAUUAUGCCUGUCUUGAUCUCAAGUUUUGGCAUCUUGCUGGUCCUGUUACUUACAUUCUUCCUUGUUAUUCACCCUCUGGGGAACUUCUGGUUAAUUCUCACUGUCACCUCAAUAGAGUUAGGUGUCCUGGGCUUGAUGACUUUAUGGAAUGUAGACAUGGAUUGCAUUUCUAUAUUGUGCCUUAUUUACACUUUGAAUUUUUCCAUAGAUCACUGUGCACCCUUGCUUUACACAUUUGUACUAGCAACUGAGCAUACCAGAACUCAGUGUAUAAAAAAUUCACUCCAAGAACACGGGACAGCAAUUUUGCAAAAUGUUACAUCUUUUCUUAUUGGGUUGGUUCCCCUCCUUUUUGUGCCUUCAAACUUGACCUUCACACUGUUUAAAUGCUUGCUGCUCACUGGCAGUUGCACACUUCUGCACUGUUUUGUUAUUUUACCUGUCUUCCUAACAUUCUUUCCACCAUCCAAAAAACACCACAAGAAAAAGAAACGAGCCAAACGGAAGGAGCGAGAAGAAAUUGAAUGUAUAGAAAUUCAAGAAAAUCCUGACCAUGUGACAGCAGUUUGAAAGUCAAAUAAAAAUAUGUGGGUUUUUUAGUACUGAAAAUAAUGUUACACGGAGCUGCAAGGAAAGUAAAGAUCUCCACUGCUUGUGCUGGCCCCUGUGAAGCAAGACAAAGGAAGCCCAAGGAAGGAGCAUAUAUGAUCCAUGGAGGUGGACAUGUUGUUAAAGUAAUAACCAUUUUUUAAAAAAGAAAAGAAAUAAGAGAGGGGGUAAAAAUUCCUCCAAAAAGUUUCUCCUUUUAAUCCUAUGACUUCACCGAGGGGGAUGCUUAUUAGCAGUUUUAGCAAAAAAAGAUGGCCUUUUACAAAUGAAAGUAUUAAGAUUGUCCUAAGUUACUGAUUUUAAUAGGCCACAUAGUUUUGAAACAGGAAGAAAAGAAAAAGUUUUAGGAAAACAUAGGUAUGGCCAUGAUAGUGAUCAUAUAUUUUAAAAAUUGGCCCAAAUGAAACCUAUGCAAUUGGGAAGUAGAUAUUCGUUCCAUCUGAAGCCAAAGUACUUCCUUAUUUUCAUAUAUCUUUAUCUGUCUGCAAGUCACAGAUGAAAAUUAUUUUACUACUUCUGAGAGUCAAUAUAUCCUCUCCUAAAAUAUAAGUUCUUUAUGAACAAUAUGGGAAAGAAAUUAUUUAAAGAAAGUUAGCUUCUACAGAGGUGGCAUUUGACUAUGCUCCCUUUUAUGAAUAGAAGGUCCCUCAGAACUACAGUAAGUAAAGUCACAGCAGACUCUCCUUGAAUUCUGUCAAGCAUCCCAGGGCUGAAAUACUGCAGUGCUACCUAUAAUUACUGCAGUGCUGUCCUUUUGCUUUCUACACAUACUCUGUACCAACAUUAGGCACAGCAUACUAAUCAGACCAAUGUGUCAGCUAUAAUGAUAGAUCACAUCCAUUGUGCCUGGAUCACUCUGGAUACAUAGCAAUGUAAGCAUCACUGAGGAGGCUCAGUGUGAUGUGAUGCAAGAUUUUCCUUUGAAAUAUUUUCCAUAUGAUAAGUAUUUCAAAUCUCCUUUGGCAAGCCAAUAAGUUGACUAUGUCUUUUGCCACAAGAAAUUGAGAAAACAUACAUGUUGUAGUGAGAGAUAACAAACACAAGAGAUGAGGCUACUUGGGAAAUGGUUCUUUAUAAAACAUUACUAUUAAAUAUCCGAUAGAAUAGCUAUGAUAAAAUAAAGCUUUGUGGCUGUUGAGAAUUAUAGAUGAAAGCAGUAAAUGUGUCUCUUACUGCAUGACUUUAGAAUUAAACUAUAACAAAAUGAUACUACCUGUUCUACGAGUAAUGUCUCUGCUUAGAACUACAAGUGCAAGAGAAGGAAUGGAAAAAGAAUGAACCAAAAAAAUAUAGAUUGGAUGAAAUUUUACUCUGAAUUAAGCCACGUAUUUCUCUCCCAAAUGCAUUUUGGAAAGGGCUUGCUUCAUGCAUUGUUGCCUUGCAUAAAUGAGCAAUGUCUUCCUGAAGAAAAAAUAUAUUUUGUAUAUUAUUACCACUGUUGACAACCAAUGUCAAGGGGAGGGAUGGAAAUUGCUAAUUCUUUUCAAAAGAAGCCGAUUCAUUUAACAGACUCUAAUCUUCUAUACUGUACCAGUUGGCUGUGCAUUGAAGAUUUAUGGAUUUAUACAGAGCUACAGCUACUAUAUCUGGGCUGCAAAUAUCUGGACAAUCAUUAGAUGGAAACAGAGAAAACUCUUUUUGCCGCCUCACCUUCCUCCUCACCUUAGUUCCCCUCACCUUCCCCAAUUGGCAUGUAAAUGACUAGCAAUGAGUAAACUGUAAGCAAUACCACGGAAAGGAAAGAAUGGAUAAAUGUGAGGGGUGCUCAUAAUCCUCCCGCUGAAAAUGUAAUGUCCAUUUGCCCAUUCCUAAGUCAGGGAGGGAAGAGGCUUUCACAGAACUCAGUGCUGGCCCUUCUUCCACACUCUAUGUUCUUUCUUGUACUUGGUGAACUGUUUCGAGGUAUUAAUGCUGUAAAGAAAUUCUGAUUUGCUAAUUAUUUGACCUAAAGCCAUAUUCUCCAGUAAUAUGUAAUGCCAUAGUGAAUCAAAGCCAAACCAUUUGAAUUAUUUCUGUAGUUGUGCCAUCGUUAAGAUAAACCUAGAAAUAUUGAAGAUUUUAAUCUGGGAUAUUCUAUAUAGAAAGUAUAUGCUAUGUUACAAAGUAAUUGUUCUUCUCUCUAAUGUGUUUUGGGGAACUAAACAUGUAACUGGAUUUAAAUCCCCAUGAAUCCAUUACCUGCCAUAAGAAUUUUGUCCUUACAAUAUUCCAUUGUAAGACAAUCAUUAUUGAUGACAAUUUCUAUUUGGUCACAUAGAAGAUACAAUUGGAAUGUAAAAAAUAUAGUAUGAGCACAUUGGCAUACUUCUAGAAGACAUUUUCCAAAAUGGCUGCCAGACAGCCUUUUAUAACAUCACCCUCAUGAACAUAUGUCACAUUCAUAAAAUACGGGUCAUGCUACAAUAUAGGUUUUUGUAUAUAAUGAAACAAAUGAUAACAUUCCCAAAGUUUUAUCUGUUUGCAUCCUGAAAUUAAACAAUACUUAGAAAAUAAAUACAAAAUAAAAAAAUACUAAUAUUUUUCCCAGCAAAUUCACAAAUGAGUUUAUGAUGCACUCUAUAGGAUUACAAAUAUGUAUAACUCAUAUACAAUUACAUUAUUAAGCCUUUGGCUUUCCAAGAUGGAAUUCUUGUAAGGUACACUAUUCCUCAAAUCAGGCACUUAGUUGAGUAUAAGAAGCAACAUGACGAUAUUUUGUCAGCCUAAAACCUAUUCUGAUUGAUCAGCAUACAUUAAACAGAGGACGAUUUGCUUUGCCUAAAAGUUAACAGGUACCAAACCUGUGUUGCAUCAAAGGACAACGGGUUGAAAUGAUGACUGUAUCAUCAUGAAUUAGAUUUUGGACAGUCAAUCUACAUACCAGUGUUCCAACAAUAUAUGUUGUACUGUAUCUUAUGUUCCUUAUCUAAUUUUAUGCCUAACCUCUUUUGUCAUAUCCUAGUCUGUAUUUUCUUUCUGCUGUGAUUUUUUUGCCUUUUAAAAAUGUUAUUUUAAGUCAUCUAGAAAAAAAUGAGAUGGCUUAACUCUUGUGACAGAUAACUUUUAAAGCAAUCAAGAUUCUGCAGCACUGUAUAAAAAGAUAUUCCUGUGUGGGGGGGGGGGAAAUUAAGAAGCUUUUGUCAUAUUUAACAGUAGAUCUAUAGAUUACAGAAUGCUAAUCCUAGCUGGAGAAACCCAAGAAAUGGCUACAUUUUGAUCAGGGACAAACAUGUUCUCCAUACAAUUAGGUAUUCAAUGAAGGAAAGCAGUUCUACAUAGUAUUAGCCACAGUAUGAUGUAAUCUUGUUAUAGUUUGUGAACUAAAUCAUAACUUCCAAGAAUGCUUGAAUAACUGUGAAAAGAAAUAAAAAAGACAUGCUCAUUAAAAUACAUUUCCUGAUCUUCAACUGAUACGGAAUUCCUUGCUGCUAGAAAACAGUUGGAAUAGUUCCUUCUAACAAUGCAGAUGUUAUUACAGUAUAUAGUAAAACCAAGAACUUUUCAAUGCAAUUCCUCCUGACAUGAAAAUGAAUUAAAGGGAGUGCAGCUGCCUAUAAAAUGUUUUGACAAGUCAUAGUUGCUGAAGAAAUAUGAGAAAAGAAAGGAGAUCCAGCAGCAUUAAAGUGCUUAGAUUUUAUGAAAAGUGGCACAGCAGAUUAUAUUAAAUUCUAAAAUGGCAGGCUCAUCAACAAAACGAAGCAUGAAGCUCUCACCCAUUCAAGAAAUUGAAAUUGCCUCUUUCAGGUCAUAUAUUUCUUCCAUCACACAAUGAGCUUGAUUAGAAGAUUUCAAACAAGAAUAAUUGACAUUGCAAUAAGAGGGGAUUCUGUUGCAGACAUUCUUAAUAUGAUAUAUUGCCAUUCAACUAGCAAUUGAUUGCUGAUUUAUUUGUAAUGACUUAAAAUCCUUUCUGUGAGAACUAUUUCCUUGCACGUAUGCCUCUACUUCCAAUAUACAUUGUUGAUUGCCCAAACUAGGAGACUAAAGGGCAGAUAUGCCUUCCACAUUUAAAACUUUCGAAGUGUAUGGCAGAAUUAUACUCAGAUUUGAGCAGACUUCAUUUUUAGAGAUACACUAAAAAAUUCAUCAAGAACAUGAAAGACGAAGACUUUAUCUAAUUCCUUACAUUUAAUGACCUUUGAAUGUGAUACCACCAUUCCUGUGUAGUUUCAGAUAUUUUGAAGAUAAAUGUGGUUUGGAGACUAAUACUAAUUUUGACAAGAUGAAAAAAUAAUAAUAUUCUACCCCUAAAUGGGAAGGAUGUCAGCUGAAAUGAAUAACAAUAAAAACUAAACUACAAAUGUUUAUUUAGCAUUGGGGGAAGAGUAGGUGGAUGCAGCUGAAGUGUGAAAGAAUACAAAGGGAAGUGUUGUAGAAGCUAACAUGAGGAAUUAAAGCAAAGGUUUGCCGUGUGUGUCUAGGACUCCAUCUGCCAGGAAUGUGGUUCAGGGAUAUGAUAGAACAAUUCCCAAUAUGCAUCAAGUCAAUUGGAAAUUAUCCCACAAGUGAAAGCAAAAGAUACAUAGAGGUUGUCUAAAAUACAUCACUGUAGAAUUAGGAAAGUAGCUUCGGAAACUGGAAACUCAUGUGGUCUCAUUGAUCUUUCACUCAGAAUAGGGCCAAAAAGAGGACGAACAUUAUGAAUGAAUGACUGGCCACAUAAAUGCUGUAGACAGGAGAGAUAAAAAAGACUUUUGAAUGAGGGGUUGUUGUUUUUUUGUAAACAAAGCAACAUACUUCAAAAGCUUCAAUUUCCAACAAUAUAGGCCCCACAAUAAAUUCUCUUAUAUAUUGCUUACUUGUGUUAUGAUACUAUACAACCCUGCUGGAUGGAAUUUUUCAGUUGGCUCAGUCAUGCAUUCCUAAAUAUGAAUCCAUGCACCCACAAAAAUCCUAUUGUGUUUUUCCCAUUCAAUUGCUUAAAAUUUGUGACUAGAUAGAUGUACGUGUGGUAGAAUAGAUGUCAGUUGUUCAAUGUUGCAUGUGCAUAGAUUGCAGAUGACUGUAAGUUACAUGUUUUGAAUGAUUUGCAGUUACAUAAUAACUUUAACAAUGAUUUUUGCAUGCUUUGUGUGUUUUGUUUUUGCAUUUCCUAAUAAACAAAUAUUGUAGUAUUUUUAAAAA